AUGGUCAUUACCGACAACGAGGACCAGGCGGUCAACCUGGCUCAGGUUCUCGCCAAUCGCUUGAAGGAGUCGCGCCCACUACUGGACUCUAUAGGACACAACGGGGCACGAAUCAUGGAGAAAAUGCCGGAUGUCAUCUCAGAGGUCGGGGACAAGAUUGUCGACUUCAAGGCCAAGGUCGCCGGCGUGUUCAACCGUGUUGUCGGCACUUUCCAGCGAGUCAUGGAUUCUCCUGACACCCCCGUUACCAACGGCAACCUGAUGUCUCCACACAUCAAUCCAAGCAUGAUGCCGCAAAUGAGUCUGUUCCAACAACAGCAACUCAUGCAGAAUCCGAACUUCCCCCAAGGUCAAGGUCAAUUCCAAGUACCGCUUGGUCAAGGUCAGUUCCAGAUGUCUCCUCAAGGUCAAGGUCAGUUCCAGACAGCUAACGAUCAGAGACAGGUUAUGUUAGCUCAGCUUCAACAGGCGCGACAGCGUGAGCAGCAACUCCGCGCGCAAUUUAUGCAGCAGCAGCAACAGCAACAGAUGACACAGAAUCAGAUGCCAGCAGGUGCCAUGGUAGUUCAAGGUCAGUCCCCACAGGUCAACAUUCAGCCAAACUUCCAGCAGCCAAUGGGUGUACCGCUGCAGGGCCAGCCGUUCGGACAAUCGCCUGAAGCGAAUGCCCAGAUGGCCUUUGUCCAAAAUCAGAUGCAGCCCCAAAUAAAAGUUCAGGACAACAACAUUCAACAAACGCAAGGAUUUCAACACAGCCACCAAAAUCCUGGUCAAAUUAUGCUCGACAUUACUAUGCCCCAAAUGCCGGCAGUAGGACCGAUCCAAAUGCAAGCCUCUUCGGGAUUAAGGCAAAAACGCAAGGCAGCGUUUAGUGGAUUCAGAGGGAAAAGGCAAGCUGAUCCGGACUGCAAGCGGUUGAAGGAUGACCCAGAUACGUACUGCAGAACGUUCGAAUCUCAGUGCCACAACUGUACCCUUGAGAAACGUUUGAGAUUUCAAGUUUGUGGCGAGGGGGUGGAGAGAGCAAGAGACGAGAUCAAGCGAAUUGACCAAUCAGUGACAAGCUAUCUGGAGACGUAUGAGACACAAAUUGCCUCGGAAAAACUCGUCCUUAAGAUUGAAUUCAAAGGUUUGAGUAAGCUCAAAAAGACCACCUCGUAUUUUGAUCCCUUUAUAACGGCCAAAAUCGGACCAUCCAUCUUCCGGUAUAAAUCUAAACGGAUUUUAAAUAUAAACGACCUGCGAGCCACCGGAAGUCAAAUUGGGGAUGAAUUGUGGGAGAAAAUGUGGGAAAAUGGCGUCUUUGCUGAGGCGAAGGAAGUGCACAUUGUGCCAGACAAAGUUAGCAUCCUCGGCCAAGCGCAGGUCAAGGAAGUUCAUUCUUCCCAUGCGCAUGCGCAGACACAUGGUUCUGGUGGGAAUCGAGUUACGACGUCACUGAUGACUGUAGUAUUUGGAACUAUGAUAUUCCUGUUGUAA